CACAACUCCCCUCCGUAAAAAAUCAAGAAACCCACGGCUUCUCUCUCCAAAGAAACCCUUCAAAACCCCUUAAGCACCAUGACUUCUGCCGUGAAUCAAGAAACCCACGGCUUCCCCCUCCAAAGAAACCUUUCGAAACCCCUUAAGCACUGUGACUUCCGCCGUAAAUCAAGAAACCCAUGGCUUCCCUCUCCAAAGAAACCCUUCGAAACCCCUUAAGCACCGUGACUUCCGCUGUAAAUCAAGAAAUCCACGGCUUCCCUCUCCAAAGAAACCCUUCGAAACCCCUUAAGCACCGUGACUUCCUCCAACGGCGAUGACGGGUGAGAGUCGUUCUCCGGCACCUUAAUGCUCGUGUAUGCUUGUGAGUUGUCUCUUGCCCAACUUGAUUUUUUUUCCUAGUGUUGUUUCCUGGUGUGGAAAACUAAAUGCUAUAGCUUGUGCUUCUGAAACGUGUGCAAGAAUUCCAAGUUUCUUCAUUUGUUGGUACUCUGAUCUAUGUGUCGUUACUCAGAAGAAGGUUUCGGAUAAGCUUUUGGACCAGACAAGUGUUUCACACCUGUUUCCCAUCACAAAGUACCUUGGUUUAUUGGCAACUGGCAUGACUGCUGAUGCUAGGACGCUGGUUCAACAAGCAAGAAAUGAAGCAGCUGAGUUUCGCUUUACAUAUGGGUAUGAGAUGCCAGUGGACGUAUUGGCUAAAUGGUAAGUGGUUAUUAUUCUGUUUCAUUUUGCUAUAAAAUUAUCAUUAGUUUUUGGAGAAGAAUGAUGUCUGCACUUCUAUAUUUAAUGUACUGGAACAGUACAACAAUAGGUAUUAGCCACAUUGUUUUAACAUGCUUCUGCAUUUGUGGUGUGACUGGAUGAUUCUAUCGUUUGUUGCUUCUGCCACCAUAUUGAAUUGUAAAUUGCACGUGUAUGUAUGUGUAGGUGUGUCGGCUCUAGUGUCCAAGCCAAUAAAAAUUAUUUUUUAAUUGGACACCUAA